UUCAUCCGCUCACACGCGCUAGGGAUACUGGAGCUACAUAGCAGAGCUCAUAACAGCACCGUAUCCGUGGGACAUUCCUCUCAGAAAACAAGCCUAUUUACAAAUGCACCGCUGCAUGUUAGAGCUUAGCGCUUUCAGACAAGCAGCCUCGGAGACACUUUAACACACAACACAUCGUCUGCAACUGCCAAGAAGAAAGCCUUGUUGACAAUUGCUCUCAGAUCACGAAAUCAUUAGCACAUAAUUGUGACAGGAGCUCGAAUGCGUAAUUCAUUGGGACUUUCAUCGAUCGCGUCGCGGUAGUGAUUUACAUCUAUCCAUACUAGGAGAUGAAAUUUAAUAGUGAGUCGUUUUGACUAAGCUAUUGAUUUUUCUGAGGACGGACAUCUACGGACAGUAGUUAUGGUUAGAGCUCGCGACUCAAGGAUAAACUUUUCAAAGUUGCUGGGCAUCUUAUGAGGAUGCUCUACAAGGCGGGUUCAAACGCAGGCACAUAUACUUUCCUAAUUUGUAUGGAGCUUUUGGAAAAUCCAUAUGAAACAAAAUAUUACACAACUUACUAACUUCAGCACCACGUAGAAGUAAAUAAAUGUAGCAUUGUUAUAACCAAAUAAUAAUGUUAUCAUUACUUUAAAUCAAUGAAAACUUAAAUUUUAGGCAUGCAAACAACUUCCCACAGAUACUUUUCUUGUAAUGCAAACCAGUGGGACAUAAAAGCAUAACAUUCGGUUAGAGUAAUGCUAGUUUGUUUAAUGUCGCUUUGCUUAGGCUACAUUUGACAUGUGUGAUUAGUAUUGUCUACAUUGAAGCGCCUUGGAUAUUUACAACCAUUUAUUUGGCACUUCUAGGUGCAUUUUCUUUUUUGCGCUACGUGUUUGCAGUAUGUAAGGCUGAGGAAGAAUUACUUCAGUUUAGCGUCAACUUUUAUGCUCAUACAGUUAACGUGUACACAGGACGUCGCAUUUGGCUUAGCUUAACACCACCGGCAUCUAUGCCAUUGCAAGCCCAUUGAAUCCUGCAGUUAUCUCUUCGCUGAUACUGAAAUCAAGACGUAGAAUGGCCGAUGUAACCAUCACUAAUGGGAUUGAGCUGUGACUUGUUCGGCUGGAGGGAAGGCUGUGUUCACAAAUAUCCACAUAGACUCAGUUCGUGUUGUACUCCUUUGAGCGGGGAUGAUCAGGAUCUUCCCGGAUUUCAGCGUUCAGGUGACGGCUGCAGCAGGUGGAGGAGCCGGGGGAAUGCCAGCUGGUUCCGCCGUGGGCAGAGUCCCCGGCGCCACCAACGGGAACCCACAGAACGUCCAAGGGAUAACUUCCUACCAGCAAAGCGAUCCCUAUUGGGAGAGACCUGCUAAUACCAGCUCCUGUUCAGCCUCUAGGCCCAAGACACUACACCUGGGAGGGCAACAGCACACUUCAUCACCAUGGUUGCAGGCGUUGAGGAAGGAGAAGUCCCGCGAUGCAGCGCGCUCGCGGCGCGGGAAGGAGAACUUUGAGUUCUACGAGUUGGCCAAGAUGCUGCCGCUGCCGGGCGCCAUCACCAGCCAGCUGGACAAGGCCUCCAUCAUCCGCCUGACCAUCAGCUACCUGAAGAUGAGGGACUUCGCCAACCAGGGGGACCCACCGUGGAACCUGCGCAUCGAAGGCCCGCCGCCCAACACCUCAGUCAAAGCUAUUGGAGCUCAGAGGAGGAGGAGUUCCACUGCCGUUGCCUCAGAAAUCUUUGACCCGCACCUCGGAAGCCACAUUCUGCAGUCCCUGGAUGGAUUUGUAUUUGCACUAAACAAAGAGGGGAGAUUUUUGUACAUCUCAGAGACGGUGUCCAUAUACCUGGGCCUCUCACAGGUGGAGCUGACGGGCAGCAGUGUGUUUGACUACGUCCACCCAGGUGACCACGUGGAGAUGGCAGAGCAGCUGGGCAUGAAGCUGCCCCCGGGCCGAGGCCUGCUCUCUCAGGGCAGCGCCGAGGACGGCGCCAGCUCCGCAUCCUCCUCCUCCCACUCCGAGACGCCAGAGCCAGUAGAGUCUACCAGUCCGAGUCUGUUGGCCCCUGAUAACACCCUAGAACGUUCUUUCUUCAUCCGAAUGAAGUCCACCCUGACCAAGAGAGGCGUCCACAUCAAGUCAUCGGGCUAUAAGGUCAUUCACGUCACAGGCAGACUGAGGAUAAGAAUGGCACUGACCCACAGUCGAUCGGUGCCCAAUCAGAUCAUGGGCAUGGUGGUGGUUGCACAUGCCUUGCCCCCUCCCACCACCAUUAAUGAAUGUUUGUGACGCGGGUCAUAGACUCAACAUAUAUACUGCCAGAUGUUUUGUGUUUUGUAAAAGCUACUGUUAAAGGAGUUUUAAAUCAAUAUGGACCUCAACAUCAUAUACUGUGAAAACAGAAUUAGCGACUACAUGGACCUGACGCCAGUGGACAUCGUGGGGAAGAGAUGCUACCACUUCAUCCACGCCGAGGACGUGGAGGGCAUUCGGCAGUGCCAUCUGGACUUGAUUAACAAAGGCCAGUGUGUGACCAAGUACUAUCGCUGGAUCCAGAAGAACGGCGGCUACAUCUGGAUCCAGUCCAGCGCCACCAUCUCCAUCAACACCAAGAACGCCAACGAGAAGAACAUCAUCUGGGUCAACUAUGUGCUCAGCAAUCCGGAGUACAAAGACGUGCCCAUGGAUAUCGCACAGCUCCCAAACCUCCCGGAGAAAGCAUCCGAGUCUUCCGAGACCUCCGACUCCGAAUCCGACUUCAAGGAUAACUCUGAGGACAACGAGAACUCCAAGUCGGACGGCAAGGGCAACCAGUCGUCGGAGAACUCCGAGGACCCCGAGCCGGAGAGCAAGAAGCAACCGCGGCAGCCAUCGCAGGAGAUGCGGCGCCAGGAGGAGGGCGACAGCUCCAGCAACCCGGAGAGCCAGGACAGCGAGGACAGCCUGGAGCCGUCCGACUGCGAGGCCGACAGCAAGGAAGGCCGCCUGGGCCGUCUGGGCGGUCUCCACAUCAAGGUGGAGCACUACGGCGACCCCGAGGCUUUGGAGCUGCACGACUCCAACUCCUCGUCGUCUGAGGAGGAGGAGGACGAGGAAGACGACGAUGACGACGAGGAGGAGGAGGACGACGACGAGGAUCCCCACACGGGGCUGAGCCCAAAGGAUUGUGGGAUGGGCGUGACGGAGCUGGCCGGCUCGGCCGCCAGCAAGCACCAGAAGCGCAAAAGGCGGAAAAAGCAGAAGUGGAACGGCGGCGGCCGGAGGCAGCGGCCGAGGCUGACGUCCGACGAGCCGGCGAGCCCAGGGGUCAUGGAGUCCGGCGCGCUGGGCGAGCAGCCGCCUCUGCUGCCCCCGCCGUCGCCCACCAGCGCCUCGGUGCUCAAGAUCAAGACGGAGAUGUCGGAGCCCAUCAACUUCGACAACGACAGCAGCAUCUGGAACUACCCGCCCAACCGGGAGAUCUCGCGCAACGAGUCGCCCUACAGCAUGACCAAGCCUCCCGCCCCUGGCGCCAGCGCCACCGAGCCCUUCCCCUCCCCGCAGGGCUCCACGGGGCUCCAGGUGACCAUCCCCGACUCGGUACUGACCCCGCCGGGGACGGAUGGCAGCGGUGGCGCUCGGAAACAGGGCUUCGGUGGCAGCGGCGCCAACGGCGGCACCCCCAACUCCACCUCCAGCGUCGGCUCCAACUUGGCACCGCCGUCCAGCUCCUCUUCCUCCGACCCCCUCUCCCCACCGCUGUCGGCGUCUCCGCGGGACAAGCAGCAGGGCGGCACUCCCACCACCUCCUCCUCAUCCUCCUCUGGCGCCGGCAACGGCUCCCUGCUCUACAGCGGCGACCUCGAGGCCCUACAGCGACUGCAGGCGGGCAACAUGGUCCUGCCGCUGGUGCACCGCGUCACGGGCACCCUGGCCGCCGCCACUAGCACCGCGGCCGUGUCCGGCGCGCCGCGCGUCUACACCACCGGCACCAUCCGCUACGCACCCGCCGACGUCACGCUGGCCAUGCAGGGCGCCAACCUGCUGGCUGCGGCCACGCCCAACGCGGCGCACACCAUGAACUUCGUGGACGUCAACGGCCCCGGCUUCGCCAUCGACCCCAAGACGCCCAUGGAGAUGCUGUACCACCACGUGCACCGGCUCAACAUGUCGGGCCCGUUUGGCGGCGCCGUCACUGGCGCCAGCCUCUCGCAGAUGCCCGCCGCCAACGUCUUCACCACGGCCGAGGGCCUGUUCUCCACACUCCCCUUCCCCGUCUACAGCAACGGCAUCCAUGCCACGCAGACUCUCGACCGCAAGGAGGACUGAAGCCCGCCCUUCCGAGACCACCUUACUGUGUUAACGUUACUAUUGACUGUGUUACCAGACUCUUUUUCCAGAGAGAGAAAAAACGAAUACAAAAUAAAAACACGAACAAAAAAUAAAAGACGCAAAACUGUGUUUUGAAGCGGGAGACUGUGAGAACUGUAAAAGAACAUUUGAAAUAAUUUUAGCACUUUGAAUUUCGAGCAAUUGCGCUUGUGGAAUUGAAAUGUAUGGUCCCACUCCACCCUCUCCCUCCUCUCCUCUCUCCUACUCACUUCACAUCUUUUUCUAUCUUUCUAUCUCCCAUCUUUUCUCUCUUUCUAGACCUUCUCUUUCUAUCUCUUUCUUACCUCCCUGAUCUCUAGGUGUCAGUGACAUUUCCUCUGAAUGGACUAAACUGACCCUUCCUUUCUGACUUCAGAGAACUCUCUGUAGGACUUCUCUGUAGGCAGAAUGAGGUGUACUUUUUAUUUGAGUCGAUUUUGUUGCAUCUUUAUUCAGAUGCCUUGUAUAUUUAAAGGUGACUGAAGUGGAUCAGCAGAAAAAAAAGAACACGAAACUGUGAUUGUUUCAGAACCAUAUCUUGAUGUGAUCAAGGUUGAUGAUGACAAAAAGGAUGUUGCCCUAUUUGACCUAGUUGAAGGGGUUUAUGAUUCUUUCUAAGUGAGGGAAUUAGUAUUUUAGAAAUUAAUGUUUUCUUUUCCUUUUUUAUAGUUCUGAUUUAACUUGCAAAUCAUACAUUUACUAAAAAAAAAGCAAUUACAGCCGGGUAUUGACCUGUGAAUAGAAUGUUACUGCAACAACAACUACAAUUACAACAAAAAAAUCCCAGGACUUUGGAACAGGUCAAUACAUGAUAUCGUAUCUCUUAGUUCCAUUUCCUCCUUUGCAGAUCCAUGGUGCUACCAUCCAAUGACCCUUCACUCAUCUGACCGGUGUAGGCACUGUUCCAGGGCUAGAGAUGUAAGGAGUUUUAGGGAAUGAUUUAAUAGUACAGUCUAAACCUCUUGACCCCGAUAUUUUUGUUUUCGAUCCCUGCUACCUAUCCCAACAUUAAACUCAUACCCAUUUCAAGUUGAUUGUCAGCUGAGCUCAAUGUUAUCAGGCAUUAGAAAGACAAAAGGAGCAGGUUAGGGUUUUUUUUUUGUUUAACGUUUGAAGUGAAUCACUUUCUCUCUCAGUCUAACUGAGGCUAAUGAGAAUCAUAGACUUGAAAACGAAAAAUGAAUGUUAAAUAUAAAUAAGGCUUUUCUCCCCCUUCUAUAAUUAAGAUUCAAGUAUUUUUUGCCUUUUAUCAAACUCUCCCUUCAUUAUCUAAAUCUUAGCAUCUCUGCCAACGUCCCAACCAAGCCGUUUACUUCCACUGUACCCUCAGACUCUCUGAAAUCACAUAUCAAGGAUGUUGAUACAAGGACAUGCAUUUCAGUCAGAAAUGUAAAAAAAAAAUCUUUGAUUUUGAUUUUGAAAAAAAUAUAUCACAUUCCUAUUUUUUUCCCACCGUUGCCAAAAAAUAUAUGAUUUUUUUCACAGAUUGGUGUUAAAACACUGUGAUUUUUUUGUCGUUUAAGAGAAAAAAAAGAAAUGAUAGUAAUAAAAUUUAAAAUACUGUCACUUCAUCCUUUGGCAGCCAUCCAUCCAGUCAUCUAUUACCAAGCGUGAAAUCCGUAAACGUGUACAAUGUGUAAGUGUCACUGGCUGUCAGUUUCCAUAGCGAUUUCAGUGUGUGUUACUAUAUGCAGUAUAUACCGAGCUGAUGUAGCUGUUUCGUCCUUUGUCUUCUCUGUGCUUUCUCUAGUCUGGGGCUGGCCACGGGGGUCAGGCGGGACCGCACCGGUCCCCCUGCCUUCUCCAUUCCCCUCUGCAGUCUUAGUGAACCAGUUGAGGUUAGUGGAUUUUGUGUGGUGGCCUUCCCAAAUGUAGUGUCACCUUUUUUGCUGCUUUUUCUUUCCUCUGUACUCCCUUUCUUCUGUUCCUGCUAUUGCUUUGCUGUCGUGUAGUCUUACAGACCUCUCUUUCUCUCAGAGAAAAAAGACUCUUAACUAGCUCAAAGGUUUAUGGAGCCAUUUUUUUGCCACUGAGGAAUUCUGGGAUUGCAGUUUCCAGCUUGCAUUUAUUCUGAAAAAUUAUGACAAAAAAGUAGCAUUUAGAUUUAACGACUAGACUGGAACCAUACAAGCCUCAGUUGCGAACACAUUCCCAGAGUCCCUUGUGCUUCUUGUAUGCAUUGGGUGUAUUUCAUUGGUUUCCACCAAACCUGUUGACUUCAAGGACCCUGCAACUCACAGGAAUUAAUAAAAAAAAAGUUCAUGGUAGUAUUUCAGGACAAUAAACAAUUUUAAAGAUUUCUAAAGAGAUGAAAAAAAAUAUUUCGCACUAUAAAUCUAUUUUUAUAGGUGUUUUGAAAUUGCAUGUUUACUAAGUUGACUGUUUGGUUUACUUGAUUUUGUUCGGUCCAGCAGCUUUGUCAAAGUUAAGUGUUUUUUAGUCUGUCCAGCAAAGGGAGGGGAUCCUUCGUCUUUUUAACCGAAUCAGGCUUUGCUCAUCAGGAAUAAAAAAUUGUCUGUGGUUUGUUUCUGUAAAGGUGUUGCUGUUAACUCAAACCCAGGUCGUGAAAUAAAUGUUUUUUGACAAAAAAUGUUAAAAAAAUGUCAGGGUGGAUUGUUACUUUACAGAACGGUUGCAGGAGGGCUUUGGUGUCACCAGACAAGAACGAAAAAAGGGAUCCUAUAGCGUUCUAGAAUUUUCUACGUGGCAAAGCAAUGAGGGGUGUUGGGAGAUGAGAGAGGGGGGCAGCUCCGAAAACAGACAUAGUGGGCCAGGAAAUACACCCAUAUGUUACAAACAGAGCAGCCGGACGAGCUGCUUCAAUGUUUUUCUGUGUUGUGUCAAAAAUGAUUGCUGGUGAUUUAAUCUUAAACUAAUCUCAGCUGCUGUCAGAUAAAUAGUGUUUAAAAAUGACAAUAUGAAAAAUCACUUCAUUACCUGUGACGAAAUGUGUCUGUGUUUUUAACUAUUUCUUGUACAAUUAUACAGAUUCUUUUAUGAGGAACUUGGUGCCAAGUAGGAAAAAAAACUAUGGGAGAAAAGGGGUUUCUCUUAGUCUCAAUGUUAACAGUGUUAUAAAUUCUAAAAAGCGAACAAAUUAAAAUAUUAAAAAAGAGAAAAAAAACUAUGGUACAUUUUUAUUUUAUUUUUUAUUUUUUUGUUUUCAGAGGAAAACAUGAACUAACUGAAGCUAACUUUGAGUGCCUGGCUUAUUUUUUGAAAAACAUCUUUUUUUGUUUUGUUUUUUCGUUUGUUUUUCAUUGACCAUAAAUAAUGCUGCAACUCAGAAUUGUACAUACUUCAUUUUACAACAGGGUUAUUUUAUACUUUUGUAGGUUUUCAUUCAGUUUCAAAAGAAACAUGUCAUACAUGGUUGUCUUUCUGUAACACGGUUUUUUACCAUCUUACAGGUGCCAUAUUCAUAAUAAACUUCUCUUGGAUUUGUCAAA